AUGGCAGAGGAACUUACGUAUGGCUCCUACACAGUGGGAUGGAUUUGUGUGCUUCCCUCUGAGCUUUGCGCAGCAAGGGCACUGCUAGACGAGGAGCACGAGCCGCUUCCUCCAAUGGAGAUUGACGACAAUAACUAUUUCCUCGGCAAAAUGGCGAAUCAUAAUGUCGUUAUUGUCUUCCCUGGAUCAUAUGGCAUAAGAGCUACCGCUCAAGCAGCUCGCACUUUUCCUAAUAUUAGGUUUGCACUGAUGGUUGGGGUCGGCAUUGGUCUUCCAAAGUUACCAAACUCCGAUCCACGAAAGGAUAUUAGACUUGGAGACGUCGUAGUGGGCGCUGCCCCUGUGAACGGAGUUGGCGGUGUUAUGAAGAAUGAUGUGGUCAGAGUGGCAGGUGAACCCCCUAACCUUAGGGUUAGGGGUUGCCGCUACAAUCCUCCCCAGUUGUUACUUAAAGCGACAAGGCGCCUACAGCUAGAUCAUGACUUCGGUAAAGGCAAAAUGUGGACGGACAUUGACCAAGUUGUUAGUCUAGGCGUGCCGGCAUUGGAAGAUGCUGGAUAUCCCGGAGUGGAACGUGAUCAGCUGUUCAAGCUCGAUUAUAAGCAUUCUGCUGGGGAAGAUUGCUCAUCUUGCGACGUGACUCAAAUAGAAGAAAGACGUCCAUAUGCAGCUAUAGCAGCCGCAGCGUACGCAAAGGACCUCUUGAGAGUCAUCCAUCCCAAGGAAGUUGCAAUAACACCUCUGCCAAAAAAUACCGAACCUCUAAGAGCGAGCCAAGUUACCGGUGAUACUCAGGCCAUGGGUAACGGAGCUGGUGCCGUUUCAUCGCUUGGGGCCAAUAGACUGCAAAUAAAGAACGAGAAUACACAAGCAGAUGUCAAGAUAUUACGUGCUGAGAGCAUUUGA